GCCGCAUUCUGCGCAUGCGUCAGUGCACGGCGCGGUCGAAGCCGCACGCGCAGUAAGGGCUGCGCGAGUUUUGGCGCCCGCGGCUCCUUUCUGCGCGCGGUCUUUUUCGCGCGGAGUUCUCGCCGGAAGCCCUGCGAGAAGUCUCGCGAGAGGCGGCGGGCGGGCGGCGGUGGCGCUGCGUGCUGCUCGGAGGGUCGCCUCAGCCUCGGCUCCCGCCGCGCCCGGGCCCCGCCGCUCGCCGCCCCUCGUGCCGCCGCCAUGUCGCGCUACCUGCGCCCUCCCAACACUUCGCUCUUCGUGCGGAACGUGGCCGACGACACCCGGUCUGAAGACUUGCGCCGUGAGUUUGGUCGUUAUGGGCCUAUAGUUGAUGUAUACGUUCCGCUUGACUUCUACACUCGUCGUCCCAGAGGAUUUGCUUAUGUUCAAUUUGAAGAUGUCCGCGAUGCUGAAGAUGCUCUCCAUAAUUUGGACCGAAAGUGGAUUUGUGGUCGGCAGAUAGAAAUCCAGUUUGCACAGGGCGAUCGGAAGACACCAAAUCAAAUGAAAGCCAAGGAGGGGAGAAACCUAUACAGUUCUUCUCGUUACGAUGACUAUGACAGAUACAGGCGAUCUAGAAGCCGGAGUUAUGAAAGGAGACGAUCUAGAAGUCGCUCUUUUGAUUACAGCUAUAGAAGAUCAUAUAGUCCCAGAAAUAGACCUACUGGAAGACCUCGUCGUAGCAGAAGCCAUUCGGACAAUGAUAGUUUUCCCUGUAGCAGACAAUGGUUAAAGUUUUAAACAGCGUGGAGCAGCCACUGAGACAGAGGGAGAGAGAGAGAGAAUGUCCUCUUGGUUACAUGUUAUGGGCAGCUACUGAAUUGAUUGUGGUGUCUCAAUGUAUAUUUUUGUAAAGAUUUGCAUUUUUAAUGCUUAGAUAUUGGUGAUUACUUGAUUGGUCGCAAUUUGCAACAUUGUCCUGUUGAAAAUGUCAUGCCCAUAGCAAUUGAUACCAGUUUGUACUGAACAGUUAAACCAGCUGUUUAACAUGUUCUUUAAUGCUAAACCUUGUGAUAGAAUGGAAAACUGGACAGCUGUAGCGCAACAAUGACUGCUGUGAAAUGCAGACUGGUAAUUUUACGUUUUCAUUGUUCAAAGGCAGGUUUCUGUGUUCUCCAUGCCCAGUGACAAGUAGGUUGGUAAAUGGAGCUCUGUGGAGAGAGAUUUUUGAAAUUUCUCUGCCAUCUGGAGGGAUGGUGCUACCGCUGCAUAUACUGCACGGGGAGACAGUUGGUCUUGGAAGCUCAGUCAGAGACUGUGCAGUGUUGUGACUUGUCAGGAAGAGGCUUCACUGCUCUUGACCUGGCUGCUAAUACUAAAUGUGUGAGGGGAGGGGGGGGGAAGGGACACACUUGAAAUGGAAAAAUAAAUUCAGAUUCCAGAAGAUGGCAGAGCAUCUAAAUAUUAGGUUGUGUGUACAUUUUACGCAGUUUUUGUAUCUAUUCUAAAUUCUAGUGAGCAGUUAACCAUGAAAUUGCUUAGUUUUCCUGCUGUUAGAUACAAGUAGAUUGUUUCAAGUUGUGUGUGUACAGUAUAUAAGAACUCAACUUUUAUGCCAAUGACUCCUGUGGUUAGUUGGUGUAUUCAUAGGUAUAAAACUGUAGCCAUCUCUCCAGUAAAAAAGGCUUGCUUUUAUACAUUGAGAAGCAUUUAGUCAAGCAAGUCUGAAUCACUUCUUCCUCUGAAUGGAUAGUGGUUUGGUUACAAAAUUUCAUUUUACUUAAGAACAAGUGUUUAAAGUUGGAUAUGAACAAGAGCUGCAUCUCUAGCUAUUUAGUUUCACUAAUACAGUACAUUUAGUAAAUUGAAUGUGAAAAAUAACAAAACCAGUGUGUAAUCUUAACAGUAUUUCUCUAGAAGAAGGCAAGAUAUUUUGUUAUGAAAAUGGCUUUUGGCAUUUUUUUUUUUCUUUGUCUUAAAAAGCCAGCAUCAGACACCCGGUGUUCCGUACUGUCUGUGUAGUAGUGUAUGAAGACACAGAUUUUAAAAAGAUCAUUUUUAGAGAAAUGUUUUAGGGUUUGGUUUUAGUGAGUUCAGCAGGGCAUUUCAAGAAAUGCAAAUGGCUUCUAAAUGUUAGUGGCAGAACGUGCUUAGGGGAUUUAUUCUAGGAACCUUAGUACGUUUGAUGGUAUUUCUAACUUUUUUCUUUACUGUUUGCAGUUAAUGUUCAUGUUCUGCUAUGCAAUCAUUUAUAUGCACGUUCCUUUAGUUUUGUAGACUUUCCUGGAUGUAUAGUUUAAAAACAGCAUAAAGUCUAUUUAAAACUGUAGCAGUAGUGUGCAGCUCUAGCAGAGGAAAGUUGUGGGAUUAAACUUUGUAUUUCCUUUCUUAUAGAGGCUUCUAAAAAGGUAUUUUUAUAUGUUCUUUUUAACAAAUAUUGUGUACUACCUUUAAAACAUCAAUGUUUUGAUCAAAAUAACUAAAGACCCAGCUUAUUUUCUGCUUGCUGUAAAUUUAGCAAACAUGCUGUAAUAAAAAAAAUGAAGGAAAUACUGAUCCACUGGAAUUAUUGUAGCUUUAGAAUUUGACUCCAAAGCAUGGCUAGGAAGAGCUGUGCAUUCCCUAUGGAGUAAAAUCCUUACUAUAGUAUUUCAGUAAAGUCAGUAAUUUAUCAUUUGUUGCCUGAGUAAAUAUCAUU